UCUGCGGCUGCGUUCCCCGAAAGACGAGGAGGCUGCCCCCCGGUUCCGGUCCGCAGGGAGAGCGAAGGACACCGCUGCCCGCGCCGCCAGCACCGCCCGCUCCACCCUGAGCGUCCGAGCGCCGACACCCCAGGGAUGUGAGCGCGCCCCCCCGACCCGUGGCCUGCGCUCCACCCUCCGACCCUCGGCGCGCGCCCCAGAGGACCCCGACCCGCAGCGCCCGUGCCUUCGCGAGGCCCACCGGGAGCAUGCCGCCCGCCGCCAUGAAGGGCCUCAGCCUGGCGCUGCUGGCCGCCCUGCUGUGCUCUGGGCCCGCUCUCGGCCUGUGGUGCCAGGACUGCACCCUGACCACCAACUCCAGCCAGUGCACCCCGAAGCAGUGCCCGCCGUCCGACCGGGUGUGCGCCAGCGUCCGCAUCACCGACCCCAGCAGCAGCCGGAAGGACCACUCGGUGAACAGGAUGUGUGCCACCUCCUGCGACUUCGUGAAGCGGCACUUUUUCUCGGACUAUCUGAUGGGCUUCAUUAACUCGGGGGUCUUGGAGGUGGACGUGGACUGCUGCGACCAGGACCUGUGCAACGGGGCGCCCGGGCCGGGCGGCGGCCCCUGGGCCCUGGCCGGGGGGCUCCUGCUCAGCCUGGGGCCCGCCCUCCUCCGGGCGGGGCCCUGAGGUCCCUCCCCUGCCUCCUGCCCCGGGCUUCUGAGUGCGUGCUACCGGCUGGUGGCUGCCCCCUCCUCUGCCCGGUCGGGCUGGGGCAGGGGCAGCCUUGGCCGGGCUCCACCACCCUCUGUGGCCCUCACCCCUCCCUGUCUCCCUACGGCUCCGAGUCCCGGCCAGCAGGGCGCCUGCUGGACGCCAGCGUCCCUCGGGUGGGCCGGACAUCUGGGGGCGAGGGCAGGGGGCUGGGACCUCCGGUCGCUGAGGGGCGGCCAGGCUGAGCCAGGCCCCGCUCAGCGGCUUGGCUGUGAGGGCGUCUUCUGCUGAGGAAUAAAGUGGCUUCUGCGUCUAGA